AUGGCGCAAUCCCCCAAAGUUGGGCAGCGCAUGUCCUAUGGCGGCGCCCUCUGCACCGUCCGCUAUGUCGGCGAGGUCGCUGGAACGACGGGCGCCUGGCUGGGAGUCGAAUGGGACGAUGCGACGCGCGGGAAACACGAUGGAUCUCACAAACGAGUGCGCUAUUUCUCAUGCCUCUCCGGGUCCUCAACGGCGGCCUCGUUUGUGCGCCCGAGCCGUCCGGCCGACAGACCCCAGAGUUUCAUCGCCGCGCUGAGGGAAAAGUACGCGUCCGAGGCUCCGCAGUCGGGCCAUGCCACCCCCGAUUCCCAGGUUGUCAUCUCCGGCAAGGUCGCCGAGGAGAUGGGCUUCGACAAGGUCCGCCGCAAGCUGGCCCAGCUCGUCGACCUCCGCAUCGUCAUUCUCGACGGCAUGCGUGUGGUGGCGGCGGCGCAGGACGGCGAGGGCCGUGUCGCGGAUACGUGCCCCAGCAUCGCGCACUUGGAUCUCAGCAGAAACCUGUUUGAGCGCCUGGGUCCGGUGGUGGAUGUCUGUGCCGAGCUGCCGGCUCUGCGGCGACUGAGCCUCAACGGGAACCGGUUUCAGGGUGUCUUGAGCGACGACUCCCUGGACGGGGCCGCAGCGGCGUUCCGAGGUGUAGAUGAGCUUGCCCUGGGCGAGACUCUUCUCAACUGGGAGGAGCUCUGUCGCAUCGCCACACGAUGCCCGUCGCUCGCCACUUUGGCCGUCGGAGCAAACCAGCUCUCCUCGCUGCCUCCAGUCGACUAUGCUGGGCUGGCAUCCACGCUCACCUCCAUCAACCUCGAGUACAACAACUUCGAGGCGAUUUCGGAUCUCGCGAGCCUCACAUCCCUCGUGGCCCUCCGCAACUUGCACCUCAAAGGCAACAACAUAGCGGACAUGACUGCCCCCGGCACAACCGUCCCAACGUUCCCGCCGUCUCUGCGUUACCUAGAUGUUUCCUACAACAAAAUCCGGGAGUGGGCCUUUGUGGAUGCCCUCUCCGCUCACUUCCCAGGCCUCACCGGCUUACGAAUCGCGCACAACCCCGUGUACGACAAGCAAGACGUCGACGCCAAGACGCCGUCGUCUGAAGAGUCGCACAUGUUCACCAUUGGCCGCCUCGCCAACCUCAAGAGUGUCAACUUUACCCAAGUCAAGCCGGAUGACCGCAGAAAUGCCGAGAUAUUCUACCUCUCGAGAAUCGCCAGGCAGCUCGCGACGGUGCCCGAGUCGGCAGAGCAUACCGUCCUGGCCUUGCACCCUCGUUACGCAGAGCUCUGCACGAUUUACGGCGAGCCCGAUGUCAUUCGCCGCGACGAGGUCAAUCCGUCUUUCCUCGAAGCGCGACUGGUCACUGUGGGGUUUCACUACCAAGGCAAGGGGAAGAAGACAUCGCGGAUCCCGAAGGCUUUCGACAUAUAUUCCGUAAGAGGGAUUGCAGGGAAGCUAUUCAGCCUGUCUCCUCUAAGAGUGCGCCUUAUCUGGGAGACGGGGGAGUGGGAUCCAGUGGCCGACUACGACGAACAGGACGGGGACAGCAGCGACGAGGAAGAGUUUCUUGCGGAUGCAGCCGAUCCUAGCCGAGGCGACUGGCAGGAAGAGCAGGCAAGGGACGGCUCAGGCCGGUGGUCCAAGAGGGAGGUUGAGCUCAAGGAUGGCCCGAAGCAGCUCGGAUACUGCGUCGACGGUCUGGAUGUGAGCAUACGUGUAGAAUCGGCGUGA